GUAUAUACAACCAUAUCUAUGAUACAAUUACAACUCUCUUAAACGUUGCCUGGGGCUUGAAAAAAUUUUAAGGAAGAGAAAUGGCAGCAGCAUCAGUGAUAUACUCAGCUCCUGGUCUAUUGCCAGGUCCUGCUUCACCUCCUCCAGCCCUCACUGCAGUUGAGAACAAACUCAAGUACAUUAUACAGAACAGAGGGAUAAGAGUCUCUGAAUUCUUCCAGGACUAUGAUCCACUGAGGUCUGGCUACAUUACAAGUUCGCAGUUUCGACGCUGUUUGGAUCAGAAUCUUGCUCUUGUCCUUACCGAUGAAGAAUUUGAGGAACUGUUGAGCAAAUAUGAUGAUACAGGCAAAGGAAUGAUCAACUAUAUUGAUUUCAUUGAAUCAGUUCAAGCAUCAUUUGUCCCUGAUAAACUUGAUGGGAAGCCCAGGGAACAAAUAGAUCAAAUGCUCAAGACUCCAUCAACACUCACCAAAUCAACACUCUCUCCACUAAAUAAAGAGAGGACUGACCACCUCCUCCAGAGAUGUGCUGAAUUCUAUUUGUCUCGUGGGAUUGUAGUCAAAGCUUGCUAUGAGGAUUUUGACAGGCACAAUAUGGGCUAUGUCACCUUUAGUCAAUUUCAUCGUAGUUUCCCUGGGCCGGUUGAAGUGACUGACACAGAGAUAUCAAUGCUAGCCCAUCGCUAUUACGAUCCACUGGUCAAACUGUACAAUUACUAUCGUUUCAAUGAUGAUAUAAGGAGUAUAUGGGAAAGGGAAGGAGGCAGAGGAUCUGCAGGGAAACAACAAUCAUUACUAUCCCCUGUAAAGGAGGCAAGUAGCAUACAAGAUAUCAUCAAUCAAAUUAGGGAUACUGUUUACAAGUAUGGCAUCAGGACUACAGAGUUUUUCACUGAUUUCGACAAGCUUCGCAGCGGACUUGUCACAGAGAACCAGUUUGUGUGUGGCCUGUCUCUCCUACUGGCCAAGAGAGGUCACAUCACUAGAGAUGAGGUGGGGUACAUUGUGAGACGAUUCAGUACGCCUGAUGGACAUGUUAAUUACAGAGAAUUCUGUCAUCAAAUGGAAAACGCAUACAAUAAAUCUGAUUUCGAGAAGAAUCCAACUGAUACUGUAUACAGGCCACCUAGAGGGCAUUUACACAAGCCUCUUAAUGAUUUGUCUCCAGCCGAUGAAGAGAGACUCUUUGCUCUUCUCUCUCGAUUGAGAGAGCAAGUAAAGAAAAGGAGAUUAUUGCUGUAUCCUUAUUUUAGAGACUUUGAUAGAAAGAAAGGAUUCACUCGGGGUGUUACAAAAUCGCAAUUUGAAAGACUCUUUCAGUUCCUGUCACUCUCUAUAUCGCCUGAUGAAUCCAACUUGAUUGAGGCAAAAUUUGGCGAUCCUUUAAAUGGUGACAUUAACUAUUCAGCACUAAUACAAGGGAUUGAUGAAGAAUACACUGGACAGAUAGUAGACCUAGAUGAAGAGGACUUUUCAAGGUUAAGCAUUUGUCACUCUUCAUUGACUCGUCCUCAAUACGAGGAGCCAAUCAAUAUCGGUGAGCUGAUGGGCAGAAUACAAGAGCAUGUAUCAGCUCAUCGUAUCAGAGCCUGCGAGUACUUUCAGGACUUUGAUCCACUGAGGAGUGGGUUCAUCUCCACUACCAGAUUCAGACAAGGUCUUAGUGCUCUUGGAUUAGCUAACAUGCCAUCCAGACAUUUUAAUGGCUUGGCUGACUAUUACACUGUGAACAAGGAGAAUACAGGACCAGUCAUAGCUUGGAAAGAAUUUGUGAAAGAUGUUGAUGAUGUUUUUCUGCCAAUGCCACAGAAGAAAAAGAUCUAUACAUUACCAGCUACAGGCUCAGUUGAUUUCAUAUCAGAAGCUACUGAUGAUCAGAAGGCAUUGCUGCAAUCAGCACUGGAUAGGCUCAGAGAUCAAAUUAAUCAAAAGAGAAUAUUAGUCAAGCCUUGCUUCCAAGACUUUGAUAGACACAACUGUGGUCGAGUGACAAGGAAGAACUUCCAUCAGUGUCUUUCAUAUUUAGAACUUAAUAUCAGUGAGGAAGAGGGAGAAGUGCUUGAGAUGAGAUUCUGUGAUGCUAAAGGAUUCAACUAUUUAAAGUUACUCCAAGAGAUACAGCCACGGGAUGUAUUUGAGGAUAAUUAUGAUGAUAGAAUCACUACCAUUAGGACAGAUACUAAAAGACUAGAGGACAUGACAAAGAGUUUUAAUCCAGUCAGCAUCGCUCAAGUACUCUACAAGAUAAGAGCCAAGGUUGUGAGGGAGCGUAUAAGAGUCCUUGAAUUCCUAAGGGAUUACGACAAGCUACGAUCAGGUCGUAUUUUGGGAACUGUCUUCCAUAGAGCACUUGAUCUGUGUGGAUUUGAACUGAGCCCGAGUGAAAUACAUGCCCUAGAGAAUGAGUAUAGAUCAGUAAAGGAUAGCUCAUACGUUGAUUAUGUGUUGUUUUCUGAUGAUGUUGAGUCUGUGUUUACCAUCAAGGAGCUAGAAAAGAUGCCAACAUUAGAGGUUAUGCAGUUCAAGCCACCAGAAGAUGUUGAUUUGAAUCAGCUCUCACCGUCAGAUGAGGAAGCAGUCCAUAAAGCUCUGCACAAACUAGCAGAAUCUGUCAGGGUAAGACAUCUUCCACUUUUCCCUCCAUUUGAAGAUUAUGACAAAGUCCACAGAGGAAACGUGACCACUGGGCAAUUCAAGCGUGUCUUGGAUGAUUUGAGUCUGAUGCCUCACCUAAGCCAGUUUGAGUUGAACCUGAUAUGUCUCAAGUUUGGUGUCAUAAUCGGAGGAAGACAUGACAUCAAUUAUAAUGCUUUCUGUCUCCUUGUUGAAGACUAUGCUCAGACCAAGUGGAAUGAGCAAUAGAACAUCUCCUUGUGUUGUGUACAUGUACAUGUAAUGUAUUCUAUAGUUGACAAUAUUAUA